UUAUUUGAAUGUCCCAUUUGACCUUUCAAAUGUUGUAUUUGUGGCCACUGCUAACAGAAUGCAGCUCAUACCUCCUCCUCUUCUAGAUAGGAUGGAAGUCAUUGAGCUGCCUGGAUACACACCAGAGGAAAAACUUAAGAUUGCAAUGUACCAUUUGAUUCCACGAGUUUUGGAACAGCAUGGGUUAAGCGCUGAAUAUCUUCAAAUUCCAGAGGCUAUGGUUAAACUUCUGAUUCAAAGAUACACUAGAGAGGCUGGUGUACGAAACCUCGAGAGAAAUUUGGCUUCCUUGGCUCGUGCUGCUGCUGUUAGAGUUGUGGAAAGGGAUCAAACUGUCCCGUUGAAUAAAGAUGUGCAUCAAGUUUCUUCUCCUCUGUUGGAAAAUAGAUUUUCUGAUGGAGGUGAAGUAGAUAUGGAGGUCAUCCCAAUUGGAGCAGAUCACGAGAUACCAAACCCAUUGAGGAUAGCCUCUCCAUUGGUUGUUGAUGAGGCUAUGCUUGAAAAAGUGCUUGGGCCUCCACGGUUUGAGGACAGAGAAGCAGCAGAGAGAGUUAUAACACCUGGGAUAUCCGUUGGAUUGGUUUGGACUGCCUUUGGGGGAGAGGUUCAGUUCGUGGAGGCUACAGCAAUGUCAGGAAAGGGAGAAUUACAUCUCACUGGCCAGCUUGGUGAUGUCAUUAAAGAAUCAGCUCAGAUAGCCCUUACCUGGGUAAGAGCAAGGGCGACAGAUCUGAAACUGGCAGCUGCUUGUGAGUCCAAUCUUUUGGAGGGUCGUGAUAUUCAUAUACACUUUCCUGCUGGUGCGGUGCCUAAGGAUGGGCCUUCAGCUGGUGUGACUCUUGUAACAGCUCUGGUCUCAUUGUUUGGUCGGAAAAGAGUAAGAGCUGAUACUGCAAUGACAGGAGAGAUGACUCUGAGGGGUCUUGUUCUACCUGUUGGUGGCAUCAAGGAUAAGAUACUAGCUGCACAUCGUUAUGGGAUAAAGAGGGUUAUUCUACCAGAGAGGAAUUUGAAAGAUUUAGUGGAAGUUCCUUCAGGCGUGCUUGCUAGUUUGGAGAUAAUAUUAGCCAAGCGGAUGGAAGACGUACUCGAGCAGGCUUUUGAAGGUGGGUGUCCAUGGAGACUACACUCGAAGUUAUGACAAGAAUACGUGGCGAGAUUAUCAUCUAGAACCCGAAUAAUUGAACAUUAGCACGUUGCCUUGUCCAUCGGGUAAAAUACGCUAUCAAUUUGGUUGAAGCUAGUGCUGGUGCUGGCUAAUCAAAAUAUGUGAUGAUUUCUCCAUGUUCUGGUCAAUUCUUCUUCAAGAAGGAAGUCACCCAAUUUGCUGCAGAAAGUUGCAAGUCUUUGGAUCCUGUAACCAUAUGCAUAAAAAACCAUGGUAUGUAAUAUUCUUUCAUCUUAUCAAAUGCUCAUCUACUGCAGUUGAGCCCCCAGUUAUCGUCAUUUUUAUUCUCGUGCUUAUUCGUCCUGUAAUUAUGAAAACGUCUCGUAUUUAUUAUAGAAGCUAAUCUUAUCCCUCCCUCUAUAGCGUUUUUAAGGAAGUGUAUGUAUUUUUAAGUACACAGGUUGGGGCUGUACUGAAAGGGUAUAUUGAUGUAUAACUAAUCUAACUAAAUAAAUACAACUGGUUCAACCAUUUGAUUUCAUUUGC